CUCACACACACACACACACACGCGCGGAGAAAAUCAUUACCAAAUACAGAGCCCGAGCGAUGGCUGCACCACUGGAUUGUGUUUACGACGCAGAGAGCGACACGACCUCGGGAGAGACGCAACCGUGCGCAACCGCACUUUUAUAACGCGCGAUCCCUUUUACGCGCAGCCUCCGAGCCUCCUGUUUCGUUCCUUCCUUCCUUCCUUCGGCGAGGAAACCGGAGCCUGCCGUCCGCUCGGUUAGUGUCUGCAGGGGGACAGGACAACCCGAUUCGUCUCCACCGCCGUCCGUCUCUCCAGCGCGCCGGGGACCGAGAAUCUGAGAAUCUGGAGCGGCCCAGCACACACACACAGCUGCACCUCAACCGGGGGGGGGGGGAGGAGGGAGGGAGAGCCCGAGAGCAUCCCCACCACCAUCCCUCCCUUCACUCCUCUCUCACCUCCAUCACCACCAUCAUCGUAUGCCAGAGCUUUAGGGCAGGAGGAGGUGGGGGCGACAGGGGUUAGGGUCGGGGAAGAAGGGGGUUGCUCAUCUUAGUCGGGGACCCCUGAGCGCGGAGGAGGAGGAGGAGGAGGAGGAGGAGGAGGAGGAGGAGGAGGAAGGGAGUCUGGUCGAGACGUAGACGCACCCUCCUCUCCGGAGCGGAGAGGCUGGCCUGACGCGCCGCUGUGGCGAAGGAUGCUGCGGGAGUGAGAGCGGCUCAGAGCGGAAGAUGGGGAAGGACCAGGAACUGCUGCAGGCGGUGAAGACCGAGGACCUGCUCACGGUGCAGAAGCUGCUGCAGAGGCCCCGGCCGGGGAAAGCGAAACUCCUCGGUUCGGCCAAGAAGGUGAACGUCAACUUCCAGGAUACAGACGGGUUUUCUCCGCUCCAUCAUGCGGCUCUUAACGGGAACCUGGAGCUCAUCACUCUGCUGCUGGAGUCUCAGGCUGCUGUCGACAUCAGAGACCAGAAAGGUAUGCGGCCGCUGCACUACGCCGCCUGGCAGGGGAAGGCCGAGCCCAUGAAGAUGCUGCUGAAGUCGGGUUCGUCCGUCAACGGCCAAUCGGACGAAGGACAGAUUCCUCUCCACCUGUCGGCACAGCACGGCCACUAUGACGUGUCUGAGAUGCUGCUGCAGCACCAGUCCAACCCGUGCAUCGUGGACAACGCGGGGAAAACCCCUCUGGACUUGGCCUGCGAGUUCGGCAGAGUCGGGGUGGUCCAGCUGUUGCUUUCCAGCAACAUGUGCGCUGCUCUGCUGGAGCCCAAGAAAGGAGACACGACCGACCCUAAUGGGACGUCUCCGCUGCACCUGGCGGCCAAGAACGGACACAUAGACAUCAUCAGGCUGUUGAUCCAGGCCGGCAUCGACAUCAACAGGCAGACCAAAGCAGGCACUGCCCUGCAUGAAGCUGCCCUCUGUGGAAAAACCGAGGCAGUGAGACUCCUGCUGGACAGUGGAAUCAAUGCCACUGUGAGAAACACCUACAGUCAGACUGCUCUGGACAUCGUCUACCAGUUCACUGCAACACAAGCAAGCAGAGAGAUCAAACAACUGUUGAGAGACGCGUCGGCUGCUCUUCAGGUUCGGGCUUUGAAGGAUUACUGCAACAACUACGACCUGACCAGUCUCAACAUCAAAGCAGGAGACGUCAUUACGGUUUUGGAGCAGCACCCCGACGGACGCUGGAAAGGCUGUAUCCAUGACAACCGAACAGGCAAUGACCGGGUGGGCUACUUUCCGUCCACCAUGGUGGAGGUCAUCAGCAAGCGCACAGGUUUGGCCAGCACAGUCAUUUGCACUCAACAGUUUCAAAAGAUACCGCUGGUUGCCCCGGCGACGGUUGCGCCUGCCAACGCGGUAGUCAACGGCAACGACACCACGUUCCAUCAGAUCCAUAUCCUGCCUCCACCGCCUCCGCCUCCACCACAUUCCCAUCAGCCACUGCUUCCACUUUUCACUUCCUUUGGCUAUAACAGGUCGCCCGUGACAACCCCACAGGGAGACACACCCACUGCCCCAGGUUGUCGCGGCUCAGAGGCAACUCCUCACAGUUCUCCCUCCAGCGGGCCCCAUGGAGGCUCCAACGAAGAGAUCUGGGUACUGCGCAAGCCCGUGGCAGGUGGAGACCGCAGCAGCGUGGGUAGUUCUGGCAGCGUCACCAGCGUGAGGUCGUCCGGCAGCGGACAGAGCGCCGGCAGCGCUGCACACAUCCUCCAUGCGCAGGCUGAGGGGGUGAAGCUUCUGGCCACAGUCUUGUCCCAGUCUGCCAAAGCCAAGGAGCAUCUACUGGAGCAGUCUAAGUCUGUGGACCAGCCUCCAGGCUCUGCCAGCUCCUCUCGGACUUCGAGCCAAUCGGGCUGCCCGCUCCACGAAGCGCCGCCUUAUGACGCCACGGCAACCAGGAAGGGGGAGGGGCCAGUUGAGGGGAAGAGCUCAGAGGCCGUUGUCCAAUGGCUGAGCGACUUUCAGCUGCAGGUCUACGCUCCAAACUUCCUGGGCGCUGGGUAUGACUUGCCCACCAUUAGCCGAAUGACCCCAGAGGACCUGACGGCUAUUGGAAUAACAAAACCAGGUCACAGGAAGAAGAUGACGUCGGAGAUUAACAAGCUCAGUGUUACCGAGUGGCUGCCCGAUCAGAAACCCGCUAAUCUUGGAGAGUGGCUCUCUGCUAUUGGUCUGAGUCAGUACCACCAGGUGUUGGUGCAGAACGGCUACGAGAACAUCGACUUCAUCACGGACAUCACCUGGGAGGACCUGCAGGAAAUUGGCAUCACCAAACUGGGCCACCAGAAGAAGCUGAUGCUGGCGGUGAAGCGACUGGCUGAAUUGCAGCGGGGCUCGGACGGGCGGGGCUCCCUCAGAAAGAAGCCGCCACCAAUCACACAGCAGCAGGAAGUAAUGUCCAUGGACAGCCCACCCCCGGACGAGGUCAUGUCUCCAAAGAUGACCACCUUCCAGGACAGCGAGUUGAGCACGGAGCUGCAGAGCGCCAUGACCCAGCCGGCCCAGGAGGUCAAAGCUCAGAGAACACGGACCCUCAGCAAAGAACACGACGAGGCGAUGACAGGAGGAGGCGGUGGAGGUGGGGGGCCGCCUAAGAAGGAGGCGCGGACUAUGAGGCAGCAGAGCAGCCAGGGGAGCGCGUCCUCCCACAGAGGAAGCGUCUCGUCCCAGGGAAAACACCGUCACUCCCACUCCCACUCCCAGCCUGCGCCGCCCUACACGCCCCCUCACACCCCCACCAAGCCCAGGACCUCGUCGUCCUCCUCCACCUCCUCCGCCCAGAGCUCGGCUUCACCACAGUCCAAGUCCAAGCCGUCGUCCCAGCAGUUCGUGCAGGGGGAGCGACCUCAGUCACCGCGAUCGCACCCGCCUCCGUCGCCGACGCACCGGGGAGCUCCGUGUCCGCUCCAGCAGCAGCAGCAGCAGCAGCAGCAGCCGCAACCUCAAGUCCCACCCCAGCACCAGCCCCACCUACAGCAGCCCCCACAGGUGCAGGCGAUGGAGGUCAGGGAGAACCAACAACCUCAAGUCCCGCUCCUCUGUCUCCCACCGGAGGCCGAGCCGGCGGAGGAGGAAGGAACCGAUGCCUCCGCCCUCCAGAAGAAACGGGCCCACAGCCUCAACCGGUACGCCGUCUCAGACGGCGAGUGUGACGAGAGGGCAAGAGGAGGAGGAGGAGGAGGUGGAGGAGGUGGAGGUGGAGGGGGAGAAGGAGAAGCGGAGGUGGUGGGAGGUCAGGGCUCGGCCGCCGUGCGAAACGAAGGAGGCAAAUACGCCACGGUGACCCACCGCGUCAGCCGCAGCCACUCGGUGCGCAACCAGGAGAAGAACCGCAACCAGACCCUGUCCUUCGCCCUGCGCCAGAAGAAGAAAGGCCCGCCUCCGCCGCCGCCCAAGCGCUCCAGCUCGGCCAUCUCCAGCUCCAACUCCAACCUGACGGACGCCAGCGCCCAGCAGCAGACGCACGCCACCACGGGGGGAAUGCUGGACGUGCCUUACCUCCAACAGCGCCGCGCCAGCGACCUCGGCGUGUCCAUGGAGACGACCGCCGUGGAGACCAACAGCGUGGGUAGCGUGAGGAGCAUCGCCGCCAUGUUGGAGAUGUCUUCUAUAGGGGGCGGGGCCAAAGGCAUGGCGUUGCAAAAGAAUUUCCUGCAGGUGGGGAAAACGCGCGAAGCCAUCGGUCUGGACGGCGAGGUGGUGAACCGGCGGCGGACCAUCAGCGGCCCCGUCACCGAGCUGGUGGCCGCCGCCAUGCGGGAACAGCCCACUCCCCUGGCUUUCCCGUGCGCCUCCGUCCAACCGGCGUCCUCCCCUCCCCCCGUUAAUUCCUCCUCGCCGCACCCUCCGUCCUCUCCGCACCCAAGCUCGGGGGGAAGCGGGAGCUCGUCGGAGAACCUGCCGUUCGCGGAGGAGGGAAGCCUGACCAUCCGACGCCAGGGUCGAGGAGAAGGAGAAGGACAGUGUGUAUUUUGUGUUUGUCUGCAGGGCGACGGCGAGGGCCCCCAGGGAGACGGCGGCUACGCCCCGGAGGACCCCUCCAGGGUGGAAGCCACGGCGACCCUAAAGCGCCGGCCCCGCAGCUCCAAGCCCCACCCCAACGGCUCGGACUUCACCCUGCAGGAGUCGUCCACCGUCAAGCGGCGGCCCAAGAGCCGCGACAAAGAACCCGAGGGCUACGCGGACAUGGCUAACGCUAACGGGGAGCCCGCGGGCGGCGGCGGCGGCGGCGGCGGCGGCCAGCCGAACACCACGCAGCCGGUCCCCUACCAGAACGGCACGGCCACCAUGAAACGCCGCCCGGUGUCGGAGGCCGGAGUAACGGAGCAACCGCAACCUCAACCCCAACAUCAACCUCAAUCGCAAAUGGCUGCUCCUCCUCCUCGCAGGAGCAGCGUGGACCAAGCGGCUCCGCUGGUUAACGAAGGCGGUCCGGUGAGGAAACCGAAGCCUCCCGUCUCCCCGAAACCUGUGGUGGCGCAGAUAAAGAGACAAGGAGGCCCCCCGACGCCGCCCCAGCCUGUCUCUCACAAGAGAGUCCCUCUGCCAGGCCCCGGGACACCUGGAAGUCCAGUUGAAGGAAAGAAGAUUCCUCCGCCGGUGUCGCCCAAACCGGCGCCACCGCCCACGGCGCCCAAACCCUCAAAGCUCAUCCACUCCAUGACCAGCCCCCCCUCCCCGACUCCGGCGCCCGCCCCGAUCAAGCAGCACCCCGCGGUGUCCCGACAGACCAGCUCGCCCCCCUCGUUCCCGCCCUCGAACACCCCCAGCCCGCCCAACGCCAAGCCGACGAGCCCCUCCCCCCAGAGCCCCCACACGCCGCAGACGCCCACCACGCCGCAGACGCCCCAGACGCCCGCCACCCCGAGCCCGACCCCGCCCCCAGUCAAGCCCCCCCGCUCCUCCAUCGGGGGGGUGUCAGUGGACAGUGGGAUGACGGGGGGCGCCGUCACGGCGCCGGCCCCGACGACGCCGGACUUUGGCGUGGACUCUUUGGUGCAUCAGAAGCUGGAGGAGACGAGCGCGUCGCUGGCUGCUGCUCUGCAGGCCGUGGAGGAUAAGAUACUGAGACAGGAAGACUCCGUGGCCGAGCAGAAGACCACAGUCAGCAUCCUCGACGACAUCGGCAGCAUGUUUGAUGACCUGGCCGACCAGCUGGACGCCAUGUUGGAGUAACCGUGGAACCGGGUCUCCACGGCAACGCUGCAUCCAGACUGACUCAGGCGGCUCCAAGACGCUUCUAUCUCUCUCUCUCUGUCUCUUUCUCCUGUAUCUAACUUCCAAGAAAACCUCUUCCUUCCUUCCUUCCUUCCUCCACCCGUCCGUCCGUCCGUCCACCGCUGCUCUGUAAGAAAAAACAAAACAAAAAAAAAACUCUGUUCUUCUCCCCUUCCUCCUCCUCCUCCUCUUCCUCCUCCUCUCGUCUCCCAUCGCUGAUAAUGAAACUGAUGAUGGAGCAGCACAGCAGGUCUGGACAGACAGACAGAGAGAGAGAGAGAGAGAGAGAGAGAACAAGAAUGAAGAAUGGAUAGAUGAGCAAAAAAAUAAAAGGACCAAAAACGACAGAAAACUGAACAGAAGAGAUUAAGAAAAGCAACAAGAUGGAGGAGACUGCAAACCGAGAACUCCACGUGGAGUCUGGAGGUGAACAGAUAAAGAAAACUAAUAAGCGACUGAAAAAAAUAAACCAACUGUGUAAUGAAUCAUAGUAUGGUAUGUGUACAUUCUACGCAUGGAGAGUUUAUAUCUAUUGAAGAAGUCCUGCAUUAGCACACUAAUAUAUAUAUAAAUAUAAUAUACCGAUGAAUAUGAAUCUCUAGCUCUUUUGAUUUGACGUCUUGGUUCUGUGUGGAAUGGUGACCUCUGGUGUUGUGACGAUGUAAAUGACUUGGUGGAUUUUUUUUUUUUUUAUUCUAAUUUUUUUUUUUUUUUAAUAUUAUUAUUAUUAUUAUUAUUAUCUGUGACCAAAACGAGACUAUUCAGCUCCUGUGGUGUGUGUGUGUGUGAGAACGAGGAAGAAAUCAAGGAAGUAAGAAAGAGACAGAUGGUGUUUGUGGUAUUUAAGGAUCAGAUUCAGUUUCCUGUCCCCGGGGGCUGCACCUCUGUCACAUCAUCACACUGUACCACACAGACACACACAGACACACACACACGGGAGAAGCACAAUGACCCAUGCAGACACACCUGCACACUGCAUUGGCUCCUGCACAAUACGAACUAAAACAAGAGGGAGGCAUUUCUGCAGGUUGACGGUGGAUAAAGGGGAACUUUAAGAGAGCAGUGCAGGUUUUUAUUUUUUAGACAGAGGUAAGGUGGAACCUGGAGAGUGUUGCAAAUACACAAUUUAAUAUCCCGUACUUUAAUAUUUGGUGUCGGCCAAUAAGCAGCACUGAGAUUUAUAAAAUGCAUAAAACACACCUGGUGGAUUCUCGUCUUUCAACGCUGAGUCAAAGUUGUUUUUACACUGAUCAACAGAGAAAAGAGUCGAAACAUCUCUCUAAAAAUAACCUAAAACUGGUAUAAACACAUAAAGUUAUCAGUGUUUCAACCUUGAUUGGGAUUUUUAAUGAGAACCCAAAUAUUCCUCCAUAUUUAGCUACAUUCAUUCUGCGCUAACCAGGCAUGAUGCUGCCACCGCCAUGCUUAACCCUUUAAAACCGAAUGUGGCACGUUUGCACACUUUGACUUACCUCAAACGUUUCAGAUCCUGGAAGGUUUUUUUUAUACUCUUCUGACACGCAGUGAAUUGUACAUAACUGUACAUAAAUUUAAAGUUCCCAGUAUUUUAGGAAAACAUGGCAAAAGUACGUUCUCACAAGACAUUAUCUGAUCUUUCUAGUGUCAAAAUAAGCAAAAAAAAAAAGUUGGGACGUUUUGAGGCUUCACUGUUACAGGGUUAAAGCUGGGGAUCCUUCUCUCAAGACCAGUGAACCAACCAACACAAUACUGACUCACCAAAAUGUCAGCCAUAAUAUUAUGACCACUGACAGGAUAAGUGAAUAACAUUUAGCCACCUUGUGGGAAUUCAACGUUCUGCUGGGAAACUUUUGAACCUGGUAUUCAGUGAUGUGGACGUUACUUAGACAUGUAUCACCCACCUAGACCAGACCAGGCACUUCCACCCCAUAGCAAUGACACUCCUUGAUACUCCCAGCCGGAUGCAACUACAAAAACGGUUUAGGAACAAUUAAAAAUACAUGAAGAUCAGCACAAGGAGUCGGCCUCCAAAUUGGAGGCAAAAGACACAAUAUUAGGAAGGUGGUCACAAUGUUAUGCCUGAUCAGUGUAUAAGAAGACGUAACAAUGAGAACGUAACGUAAGAAAAACAGUGAGAUUUAUUUGCCUGUAUCCACCAACACCAAACAAUGCACAAAUAGCAUUAGCUAGCUAGUAAUGUGGGGUAUUUUAGUGUCUAAAGAGGAGGAGGAGACCAAAAACGGAGCUAAAAAUACAGAUUUUAUUGGAGUUCCUUUCAGCGCGUGGUCGGUUAACGCUAGCAAAUGGAUGCUAAUGUUGGUUUGUAUUGACUAGAUGUGAGACAAUCAAGUUUGGCAUGAAUUAGGGACACUAUGAAGGCCUUAGCGACAUCUGAUGAGUCACAACAUUAGGACGGUGGUUAAAUUAAAAGCUCUUUUUUUCUGUUGAUCAAACUUCUUUGGUUCAAGGCGUUAAACCAAAAUAAAUCUAAGGACGUCACUGGAACUCACUGGGAUCAUUUAUUUUGUUAACGUAAUAAAAGGCUUGACGUUGCUACUGUGCUAGAAGUAAAUCUGCAGCCAACAAAUGUAAAUACAGGAAACAUUUAGACUUGAGUUUAGGAUUCUCCCAUAAUUUUUUUCAGUGUUGGCCCCAAAAAAACCUGCUUCUCUACAUUCAGGAUCCUGUAGAAUUACAAUAAUUCCUCCCUCUCUCUGUCUUUCAUCCCACAUUUUCCCAACCACGCACCUCUUGUUGCCAUGACAAUCUACAUCAUCACCAUUCUCAUCGGCGUCACCAUGGUUACUACAGUGUGAUGCUAUGACACCGUGCUCACAAUGGUAUGAAAAAAGAAAAAAAGAAAAAAAAAAGAGAAAGACAAAAAGAAGGUGUUAGGACGGAUGGAGUGAGCGGUGGCAGCAGAGAUCUGUGAAGGGUUGAACCGACCGGAAAAUUUGGUGCAAUAUUCACAAUUUGCGCCUCAGGCCCAUGAAGCAAAAUCACACAUUCCCCAAUAAGCAGCCGAACUCCUCACAUGAAUAAAUUAAGAUAAUAGUUGUGGUAUUUAAAUUAUUAUCACAUAAAGAUUAUAUAUAAAUAUAUAUGUGGAUAUUUGCAAAAAAAAAUAAAAUAAAAUAAAAGAAGAAGAAAAAGUGUAUUUAUGAUGUGUUUGUCAUCCUGAAAUUAUUUUUCAAAGAUCUAGUGUUGAAUCAUGCUUAAGUGGUCCAAGCUGAAGAAUUGUUGUAGGAAACCAUGUUGGGAUAUUUCCAGGAAGUGUUGUUUAUUUCAUUUUUUAUUUUUUAUUGUUUUCUCUGCCUACAUGUGUCCAUGUGUCCAGGUGUGGCGAUGUGUAUAAUACAAGCAAUCCUUGUUGUGUUUGUAUUGAUUUUUUCUUUUCUUUUGUUAUUUUUAUUUUUGAAACAUGUGCCUUGCUUUGUGGUUUUGGUCUAACUUCAAUACAGUAGAUGGGUACGUACAAUGUAAGGGGAUCGCUCUCUUUUUACAUGAUGCUUUCUUACUUUGUUACAUGUGUUUGAAGUAAGACACAUCUCUCCUCACAUGAUGCUUUCACAUGGUUCCACAAUUUUCUCUGAGGUUUAGGGAAAUAGUUUUGGGUUAAAAAAACAACAACAACAAAAAAAAACACUAAAUGGCACUCCCAUGUUUGUACGCUAAAUAUGAAGCUAUAUCUAAUAGCUGGUAAUAGUUUAAAGGACCUGAGUGUAGGAUUUAGUGACACCUAGUGGUGAGAUGGCAGAUUGCAACCAACCAUAUACCUCUAAUUACACCCUGUCCUUUCAGGUUUGUUGACAUACAAAACGUGGCUACAAAAACUGCAAAAAAAAAAAAAAGAAAGUCUCUAGAAACAAUGUUUGGUUUGUUUUAUCCAUGGAAACAUAACAAUUCAAAAUGGCGGACUAUGAAAGAGGAUAAUUUUCCUUUGUAUAUGUAAAAACACAACAAUUCCCAUUUCCAACAUGAUUGUGAAAACUAUAGCCCAUUUCUGACAGUAUGAUAAGAAUAGAAUAAAUCCUAAACACUUGACCUUUACCUUAGCUUGGCGUAAAGUAAGGGCUAGCUAGCUAAUUAACAACUUAUUCGUUUAAUUCGUACAAACACAAUACUAGUGGUUUCCUCUUUCCAUGUUUUAUGCUAAGCUAAGCUUUUUCUUUUGUAUUUUUUGAGAUUUUGCACCAAGAUACAUAACAUGCUAGCGCUAUGCUAACCAGCUAAUGGAGGUAGCUUCGUGUCUGGUGUCCGUGAAGAUUCUCAGUCAUCCAGAUCAUGGUAUGUUUAUAUAUAUAUAUAUAUAAAGCUGAAACCAGGGAAACUGGACUAGUUGGGUUUUCUUGAAGACGUUUUUGUCAAGCACAGAAGCUACUUGGAUGAGCUGCAUAUCGUUUUCAAGAAAUAAGUCCAGUUUCCCGUGUUUCAGCGUGUUUGAAUAUCAAAUGACCUGGAUUAUAUUUGGUGAACAUCCAUGAGAGUGGUAGCUUUCUUCAGUCUAUUAGUAGGUGGCAGUUCCUCAGUGUUCCUCAAAUAUCUGAACUACUGUAACAAAUGCAAGUAUAUGGCUCCGUCUGAACUCUUGAAGAAUAUGCAGGAAAACGUUUUGCCGUUACACCCCUCAGGUGUCGCUGGGUCGGCUGUUAAAAUGAGUGUAAUGAACGUGUAGGUGUACAUUUUUAAUUUCUUCUGAAACCACACAUCCACAAACUUUAAUUUUUGUCAAUUCUGGCACAAAAAAAUGUCAGUUUCUAAGUUCCUUGGAUCUCAUUUUGGACAUCUUCCAUGUCAUUAUUUCCAAGUGUGUUUGGGUUCAGGCUAUAAAGAUAAAAGGUAGAUGGUUUAAAAAAAAAAAAAGAAAGAAAAAAAAGAAAAACACAGAUGAUCAAACAUGUCGUGGAGCAAAAGUACUGUUCAUUUCUUCUUUCUUAAGAAAAGAUGAAGCCAAGCUGUUUUUAUUUUUUAUUUUUAUUUUCCGCCUGUGCUUAUCUGAACAGACGCCCGACCGGUGUCUCCUCUGCUCUGCAGUGACGGUAUGCGAGUGCUUGAGAGAGGCCAAGUGUGUGUUAUGUGUCGCUAUGCUACUGACUGUAUGAAAAGAAGAAAAAAAAAACAUCAGUGUGAGUGUGUGUGUGGGUGUGCGCGUGCGUUGUAGUGACUGGACAGUGGUGUGUUUGCAUCUUAUGGCCAUCUGCUCUGAAUAAAUAAAUGUUCUAUACAAAUUUAA